ACUACAGGAAGCUAGAAGGUGGGGGCUGGGCAAAGUCAAAGAAAAAGCAGCUAUGGCAACACCAGCGCUUGAGGCUUGAAGAGGGAGUCGAGCUAAAAGAGGUAUAAUAUUUCUUACGGAAGAAUACCCAGUUAUUUCAUGAUGGCAUUUGCACCUCCAAAAAGCACGGAUGGUCCCAAAAUGCAGACAAAAAUGAGUACCUGGACACCUUUAAACCAUCAGCUUUUAAAUGACCGGGUAUUUGAAGAAAGAAGAGCUCUGCUUGGAAAAUGGUUUGACAAAUGGACAGACUCUCAAAGGAGAAGAAUCCUGACAGGCCUGUUAGAACGCUGCUCCCUGUCACAGCAAAAGUUCUGCUGUCAAAAGCUUCAGGAAAAAAUUCCAGCAGAAGCUCUGGAUUUUACGACUAAGCUUCCAAGGGUGUUAUCCUUAUACAUCUUUUCUUUCCUGGACCCCCGAAGCCUUUGUCGUUGUGCACAGGUGAGCUGGCACUGGAAGACCUUAACUGAGCUGGAUCAGCUCUGGAUGCUCAAAUGUUUACGGUUUAACUGGUACAUCAAUUUCUCUCCAACUCCCUUUGAGCAGGGAAUAUGGAAGAAGCACUACAUUCAAAUGGUGAAAGAACUUCAUGUUACCAAGCCUAAGACACCUCCAAAAGAUGGAUUUGUGAUUGCUGAUGUUCAACCAGUUACAGGCAGUUCUUCAGAGGAAAGGCAGUCUCCUUCAUCAAGCUUCCGACCUUCUUCCUCUUUAAGAAAGAAGAAUCACCCAGGGGAGAAAGAACUCCCACCCUGGCGAUCCUCUGACAAGCAUCCAACUGACAUCAUUCGCUUCAAUUACCUGGACAAUUGUGACCCCAUCGAGCAGAUUUGGCGAGGAAGAAAAAAAAGACAUGAAGUGACCCCAGAUUCCAGCCGACAGUCACAUGACAAGAAAAAUAAGUUGCAGGACAGAUCUAAGCUAAGAAAAGCUCAGUCACUGAUGUCGAGGAGAAAGCCUUUCUCACUCUAUCCCUAAGUGCAGAACCCAGCUCCCCUCUGCAAGUUCCAGCUCAUCCCGCCUGGCCUCCCUAUCCGUGGGCGCGGCACCCCGCCUCCGAGGCAGCAGCGAAAGCUCUCAGGCAGCAUCUUCAGAGACAUCCUGGCCUUCGGUCGUUACCUAUCCAGGCUCCAGAACUGAAGCUGAUUUAAAGACGUGAAAAGAUUUUUAUAGAAAUGACAAAAUGCUCCCCACCUCGGAGCGUUGGGUGUUACUUGGCUCCUCUAUUAGAAACUAUUGGUUUUAAAUAGUAGUCAUACAUCCUAAAUUAAACCAUUUAAGGUCAAGUAACCAUUUCAAGGUCCCAGAAGUUACCAUUCUAGGAUACUUAUUCACCUAAGUAAAGCAGAAUGAUAGAAAAACAAAUAUGUAUCAUGUGAUGUUGAACACACAUUCAUAUACUUCAUACUGUUUUGUGUGUAUAUAUAUUUUAAUGGUUUAAAGUGGCGGCCUGGCACGAUGGUAGAGGAUAGUGGUUUGGAUGCCCAGGUGAUC